AUGAAGAAGUCUCACUACAGUUGCGGAGAAUUUUUAAGUAUCUCCAUAGUGUUAGCAAUUUUAAGCCUGAGAACAGGUCAGGGCAAGCUCCAGGACUGUCCACCUUGUACGUGUAGUAUUCAUGAUCCUGCGACUCAAGGUGUAGCGGCAUUUUGUCAAUACAAAAGUGGGCAGAAGUUGUCAAAAAUCCCGAUGAAUUUUCCAUCAGGUCUCAUUGUUUUACGAAUGACUUCGCAACAAGUCCAUAAGUUAGACACAACUUCCCUGAAAAAUUACUCCAAUCUAGAGAUGUUUUAUUUGGAUGCAAAUAAUCUCGAAACGAUACAAGCGGGAGCGUUCUCCAAGCAGCAACGUCUAAUUUUUCUUGACCUCAAAGGGAAUAAGCUUGACAACAUCAGUGCAGAAACGUUUCGAGGACUAGGGUCUUUAACAAGCCUCCGGUUGGACCACAACAAGCUUCAGAAGAUUUAUCGAGGAGGUUUCUCCUUCAUGCCAAUGAUAAAGUACAUAGACCUUAGUUUCAACGAAAUAGGCGACUUAGAGGAAGGUGCUUUUGAUAGGUUGGAUCACUUGAAAACUCUUUUAUUGAACGGAAAUAAACUAAAAAGAAUACAUAGCGGCACUUUGGGGAACCUGAUGUCUCUAACGCGACUUGAGCUGGCUUCGAAUCAGAUCCAAGCAAUCGAUGAAGGUGUUUUCAGCUGUUCGCCCCUUGUGAAGACACUUGUUCUCAAGGCUAACAAGUUACAUGGAAUUCCCAAAGAAAUUUUUUUGGAUCUACAGUUUUUAGAUCACCUUGAUAUGAGCCAAAAUCCAGUAUAUUAUAUUGAGUCGGAUGCUUUAAUCGGCCUACGAAGUUUACAGACGAUAAAAUUAAACGACUGCAACAUUUCCGGGAUUCAAAACAACACUUUCUCUCCGCUUGAAAACAUCAUCACUAUUCACCUUGAAAACAACCCACUGAAAUGCGACUGUCAUUUGAGCUGGAUCCUUAGCUGGUUGUCAAGAAAGCCAGAAGGUACGCUAAAAGGAGCUGUUUGUCGAACCCCACUUAACAUUUCAGGUCAAAACUUGUUAUCAGCCAACUUGAGGUCAUUUGUUUGCACUUGCGCAGACUGCAACAAAGAAGUCGCUUGCAGCGUACCACCGGCCAAUUGUUCCUGUACCCAAAACCUAACGGGACUAUCAUGUAAUGAUAUCUGUCAAUCACAUAACGAACCAGUGACUUGGUGCAGAAAACAAGAUGGAAACUGCUCUUGCAAGAGUAGUGCUGUUCCCCAGGAAACGGGCAAGACUUCAAACUGCUCGUUUGACGUAACUUCAGAAAAAUGCAGCGAGCAUGGUGAAGUAGCGAAAAAAGGAGCUCAUUUAGAGUGUGUCUGUCAAACAGGAUUCACUGGAAACGGAAUCAUCUGCGAAGACAUCAACGAAUGCAAUAAAACUCGAAAAGCAUGUUUUUUUGAACAUGAGGUGUGUAUCAAUACAUUGGGCUCAUAUCGCUGCGAAUGUAGUCGAGGUUUUAGGUACAUGAUGGUACCUGGAAGCAUAAGUGCCUGUGAAGAUAUAGAUGAGUGCAAGGAAAAUAAACCGUGUGAUCUUCACGCCAAAUGCCAUAACAUUAAAGGUGAGUAUAGUAAUACCAGCGAUCAACUGGUAGGCCUGUCCCGAAUGUGCUCGCCGGCAACUUUUGCGGUUGGGUGCAACUUUAAUUGCGGUUCUAGCAACCACGUGCAAAUUUGCGCUUUCUGGGCAAUUUCUGAGCAAAAUAUAGGUUUAGUGCACAUAUCAAGCACGAAACAGUUAAUGAUUUCACAGAAAGCUGCAAGUUAUGCGAAUUUCUUGAGUGUUUAUCAACCUAUUAUGGAAAAAAUAACGUCCUAGAAUUUACAAUUGUUGCCGUAUGAAUAUAUAGCUAAGCGGUAUAAUGUUGUUCAAGGCUCUCAUGGCGAGCAAAUGGACUACUUGUUUUUUCACCCAUAUUUGAUUUUUGGCACUGAAUAUUAGCAACUAUUUGCAUGGCAUUCCAGUAAGCAACUUUCCCGCAUUUUACGAGCACAGUCGAUCGGGACAGGCCUAUCAACUGGAAUUACAAACUCCCCUUCUCUCCCAUUCCAUCCUCUCUCGACCCACCCCCCUUCCCCUGCCACAUCUUCGGGAAUUCUUAUUUCUAUGUCACUGUGUAUAUGAUAGCGAGCGACGGGUAUGGGAAUUUUAUCGUCCGUUACAAACAUUCAUAGAAGUUUCUAAAGCUUUCCUAGUUUUUUUCGUCACAUAUUUAAUACACAUUUGUGGCCUGAUUUUUCGCUAACUGUAUCCUCCAAAGGUCUGUGACACAAAUCGAUAGGAACAAGCAAUCGCAGAAUGUACCCCUGAUUUGGUCCUUAAGGAGUAAGAUAUAGAAUAACUGAUAGGUUACCCCAACGGUAAGGAGUUUUAAAUCUCAACACGAGGUGAAGAUAAAAAAUAGAGGAGGGCAUGUUGAUGAGCAUUACAUUAAGCUAGUGAGAGAAUGAAUUAGAUAACAAUUGUUAACGCGGAUGUUGUCCUACAGUAUCAUCAAUCAUUUUUACCAAUUAAGGACAAAUCCCUUAAAGAGUUUUCAAUGGCUUUCCUCAGUUUUUAAGUUGAUGAAUACACUUUGCUGGUUUGACUGUUCGAUGAUAAUCCUCCAAAGGUCUGUGAAAAAUCUGGGAAUUGUCGGCCUCAAACUUGGUCCUUAAUUAAACGGACCGCACGAUAUCCGUAGUGCCGGACAUGGAACGGAAUAAUUUUUUAACGUUAUCUUCGGGUUAGACAGACGCUUAAGCGUGUCGGGAGAGGAUUAACAAGACAUAAAAAAUAAAUGAUUACUCAGUCCGCAAGUCGAGUCAUUCAUAUCCAACAAAACUAAUUCAGAAAAACAGAAAGUCGACAAAACUCUGAAGUUUCACAUUAUUAUUUGUUGCACAGUUUCUUGUAGAUUUUGUAAAAGUAUUAUACAGAGUUAAUAUUUUGUCUGCAGUAAAAAGAGUGUCCAGCACCGCUGCGGCACAUAGUUAAAGAUGAUAUUGAGAAAAUCAUGAAACGAUGAAAGAUUAAGGCAAUCUCUUAGGAAAAGAGGUUCCGUUUGAUUGUCCACGAAAGAUUCAUAAAACAAAUGGUUUUCAGGUCACCAAUCAAACGCAAUUAAAAAUCUGGUUGAACUUGUUUUUUAGAGGCAAAGUAAGAUUUUUUCUAAACAAUAACAACAAUGAAAGGAACUCUUUUGCCUCUAUCGUGUUGACUUGUGACUUGUCAAAUCCCAGAAAUUUCAUAAUCUGCGAAAGAAAACUGGGGAAAGAAAUAACAACACUGACAAGAAAUAACAAGAAAUAAUAACGACGCUAAGUCAAAUAGACUGCUUUAACAUUCAUUUCCUUAAAUUGCCUUCAAGGCAAGUUAUUCGUCUCCCGUGUUAUUUCGUAGUUUAUAUCAAUCAGUUUUCUGUUUAUUGAAGGAGUCGACAGCUAGUCGAAGUGACAGCACGUCAAAGAUUUUUGAAAUGAAGAAAUUUAAAUUUGCUUGGACAAGGCUCAAAAAGCUCUGUUGAACGCCCCUAACAAUAUAACUUUCAACUUAGCAACGAUAGAAAAAAGGUGUUCUUUUGUGACAAUGCAGUUAAUUUGACAACCCCUCCCACAGGAAAUUUCAAUCUGAAAAGAAAUAUUAUUCUCAAACACAGUGCUUUUAUUGAAUGCUAGCUUAUUCUCUCUUGUUGAAUGUUAAUUUGCGUUCGAAAAGGCCGAAUGACAUCAUUCAACGUAGCCUGCAGUAUUUCUUAAAAGCCUCAUUGACCUCCGCUUAACUUAUAUUAUUGAAAUAUAUGAAUUUUUGGUUAACAUUUGGAGGAGAAAAAUGUUACAAAUACAUCAUCAAAAUUUUUUAUCAAGCUUUAACAGAGCGGUCGAGAAAGAAAACGGGAUGAAUUAAAAUUGGGUUGAUAAAGAUUUUUCAAAACAUAAUCUAAUCCUUAAUAUGCAUCACGCAACUCACGAAUCAACUGAAAGCUUUUUUCAAAUAUUUCCUCGAUUACGCCUUACCUAUCAUGUGAACUAAACAUCCUACUAAGUUUGUUUAGAUAACAUGUCUUUGACGCAUUUUGCUGAUGUAAUACAUGAUUGAGAAACUUCAGUUGAGGAAAUUUGAAAUCACGUAUCCUGAAUGACAUAUGAAUUUUGGUUAUAUACUUUGAAACUGAAGAUAGUGAAAUGCAGUUUUAAUGUUUUUAGCCUCACAGCAUUGGCGGCUGGAAGUAUUUCUCCUGCAAAAUAUAAUUAUAAUCACUCUUUGAUUCUCUAAAAUGACUCCGGCGACGAUAGUUCCGCUACUUAGUGGAAGCUGAGAGCUUCUCAUAUGGCUGCACAAAUUUAAAACGAACGAUCACAUGAAACUCUCUAUAAAACGAUCUUUGAUUCAUUGUUACCGUACAGUAAAUCCUGUAAUCAACGUGCGGGCGUUUAAUUGAUACUUAGAAGAUAAAAGGAAAAAACGGGGCAGCUUACUCUAACAGGCGGCCAUCUUCCUUUAUAUGAUAUACCGAGGGAAGGGAUGCCGGGGUUUAUAGUGGUGUGGGAGCGAGGGAUGGGUGAUGGGCACCCAACGUCAAUUUUCGGAAGACGAUUUGAGAUUUAGAAUUUUGGGAACAUUUGUUGUAAAAUCUCUUGCUUGCCUGCCUCUCCUAGGAUUUUUGAACAUCUAAAAAUGGUAUAAUUGCCCAUUUUUGAUGGAUUUUUACCCUGAAAAGGUCACCUAGAAUUUUCGGGAGCUUUUUUUCUGGCUGAAAUUUUCGAAAAGGUAAGCUUUGAUCCCUAUAAUUUUUUUGAUCACCAGACUUUUAGCUGGUAAAUCCGAACAGUUGAAAAAGUUUUAGGGGAUAAAAAUAUGCCUAUAUCUACCGAUUAAAUACUAAAAUACGUCUAACAAUGCUGUAUAUAAGUGGUUUUUAAUUAUAUUCUCGUUGGGUGCCCCUGAUGGGUCAAAGUAAGAUCGCGGGAAAGUGCCAACUUAUCACUCCACUGACCUAUCGCUGAGAAUUAACUGCUCAAAACGUUGGGUUAAGAAUAAAGUGUUGGGUGUUUUCUCGGCUCCUUCUUGAACCAGCUUCCUGAUCCUGGAAAGUGUCGGUAACUUUGAGGUCCCGGGAAGCUGUUUUAUGUUUGACGAGUUUGCAUUGAAGAUAAAAGUUUCAAUAGUUUUGAAAACGACACAAUGAAACUAUCAGUUAAGCAAAACUGACUGGUUUGUGAGCUAGUUAUGUGCUACAGUCGGUAAACAGCCUAAUCCUCCCCGUAACGGAAGAAUGGAUUAAAGAGUCUACGCACGGAGGAAGACGCUCAAUAAAUUUUUGUUCAACAAAAUGGAACUUUUUAAAAAUACUUCCUGUUGAUAUGAGUCUGAAUGGGAGGGGGUGGGGGAUGGGGGUCCACAUUUCGGUUGUCGGCUAACAUUUCGUUAAUUUGCACUUCUUUCUAAAUGCAAAUAUCGAUAAUACCGGUUCCUGUCGGUGGUCUGUCACGUUUUUCCUGUCGGUAGUCUAUGAUUAACGCUGCCGUUAGAAUCGAAACAAGAAGCUGUCCUCCUACACUCGGAUUCCUGUGUAGUCUGAUGUGUGAAAAUGUGUAAAAAAAAAAAUGUUAGAAAAAUAAAAGGUUUUCCUCGCUAUAUCUUUGGCGUUAUUUUAAAAGAUGUAUGAAAGCUCUUUUUUUAAAAUCAUUACAGGCUCGUUCACAUGCACGUGCCUUGCUGGUUACAGCGGAGACGGAAAAACUUGUCUUCCGUUACCCGACAAACCGAUGGACAUCAAAGUAACGGCGAUAAACCCAAACGAAGUGACGGUGACUUGGUAUGUGGCUAAUGAUACCAUUAUAAGGUAUUUUACAGUGGAGUAUAAGUGGUUUGACAAAGAAUGGCAGUUUGUUAAGAUACAACCUAACAGAACGCAGGCACAUCUGAAAGAUUUGGAUUCAGAUUCAAGUUACCUGGUGCGCAUAGGUAAGUCAUGUGACUAUGGGAAGCAAACACGUGCAACUUGUUUUCUACAUUGCUGCAAUUCAAGUUGAAUAGCGAUGCUGCGCGUUUUACCAUGCACCCACGAAUCAAACCUGGCUUACAACAAAUCAGGUUGUUGUGAAUAUUGACUUCUGACUGGCUUAAGUUACGCGGGAGUCAUGCCAUACAUGGGAGUUACGUCACUUACAUUGCGCCGGUAAAACGCGCAACAUGCAUAUGUACAAAUUUUGUUGCAAAAACUAGAACUACUCUCGGUUUCUUUCUAUUCGCUGACUUAAAUGUUCGUUCAAUCCUGUAACCUGCUGAUGGUUAUUAGGGAGCUUAGGCAAAGACGACGGCGACGUCAACGAGAACGGCAAAAAAGCAAAACAACAACUUUGCACGUGCAUCACGCUUUUUUGAAUAUUUCUUAGCUGUCGUUGCGAGACUAUAACGUGAAAGUGCCUAAUGUCACGCUUUGUCGAAAACGUGAACAAAAGACAACAACUUUCUUUUUCUUUUCCUGAACUUUGAUACAGUCCUUUAGGACUCAACUCCAAAAACAUAUUUCAACAUUUGACGAAUUAAACGAGAUGGAAUAAGCGCGAUAAAGUUUGAGGCAGCGCGAAUCCACUUUUUAAGUGACGUUUUCGUAGCUGUCACCGUCAUCCCCAUUCAAAUUUCCGCUCAAUCCCGUAAUCCCGAUUCAAAUUUUCGUCCAGUCCCGUGAUCCCGAUGGAUAUUUUGGGAAUCCCUCAUCCAAUGCAUACUUUUAAUCACGAAUCUUGAAAAUUUUAAAAUCCAGACAAAUCCGAGAGAAAAUAAAGUAUUUAGUUUAAAAAGAUGACAGUUUUGUGUUUUCACUGAAGCAUGCCCCAAAAGUACUAUCUCUAAUUCAGUGGGUAUAAUUUAGACUCUUUCAAUUCUACCUUUUGGAUUCUCAGUGGUUUUAAUCCAUUGUUCCAAGCUUACAGGCAUGCAUGCCUAAGCUGGAAGGGUUCAACGAGUCUUUAAGUUAUAUGCUACUUAACUUUUGCGUCUUUUCACAGGUGCCUUUUCCAUCUACAACACAAGUAUCUACAGUGACGAGAAAUUAUUCAAGACUCCCGCCAUAGAUCCUGGUACAACAGUAAGCGCGACAGACAAUCCACAAAACUCGACUACUAUUGUUGUAGCGCUCGUAGUGAGCAUUGCUGUGUUGGCAAUCAUAGCUGGCGUACUUUACUUUUUGAUGAAGAGAAGAAAGACUCAGAAAAAAAGACAUGCUCAUCCCCAGUUUCCUGGACUCGAGGAUCUGAUUGAGAUGAGAUCGCGGACUCACAGUGGGGGGCCUGAGACGAGAGGAAACCGAGAUCUAAUGGAAAUCGGUAGAGCGACUCUUUUUAUACAUUUGAGCUUCGUCAACUCAAAUUUCUUGCAAGAAAAUAAUUUCCAGAUUUGCUUACACCUGUCUUAGUGAUCAGCUUUUUGGUUCUCCAUAAAAUAUCGAGUAAAACCAAAAGAAGCGGAAAAAAUCCCUGGGGGAAUCCCAUAUGAAAGUGGUGCGGAUGCUCGUUGUCUCGCUUAGGGGUGUAAAUUUCGGAUUUUGGUCCUCACUUAGGGUGUUCUGGGCAAAACGUCAUUAUAUUUAACCGUAAAGGUCUCUUUCAGGGUUGCACGCGAAGAAAUAUAAAAAAUUGUAUCUUUUCAAUUCGUUUUAUUUACUCGAUUCAUGUAAUCAAAGCUUAAAAUGGUCUCUUUUGGGGGUGAAGGAAAGGUUGGGUCACGCCCAGAUUGGUCUCCUUUAGGGGUCUAAUUCAAAAUUUCCGACGAGCAUCCCGGCCCCUUUCAUAUGGGAGCCCCCCCUCCCCCCGGGGAAAAAUAAGUUUAUGAUAUAUGAGGAUCAGGAAGGCAGGGAAUUCUCGGGAUCCGAGAUUUUUUACCGAAAUUUAGAGCGGGAUUCGGGAAAACGCAAAAUUUCUAGACGGUAUACGGGAUUUGACCACUUCUCUGAAAGCGGGAUUCGCCAAAUCUUUGCACGGGAUGCGAUAUUGGGAUAUCAGGAUGCGGGCUUCUCUUGAGCAGGAGCGUGAAUGCGGCGUGAUCCGCACCCCACUUCCAGACCAUGAUAGUAGUUGCCUUGAUUGUACCACCCUCAAUUUUCAUUUUAAUGAAUCAUCAUUAACGUCUCUUUUCCUUGCAGGAAGCGGUUUGCAGUCGUUUACUAGCUGCACUGCUGAUAGCAAAGAUGAAUGGGAAAUUCCACGUGAUGUUCUCAUUAUUGGUCACAAAAUUGGUGAAGGACAGUUUGGUCUGGUAUUGGAAGGCACGCUCAUGACUGGUAAGUAUGGGGAGGAGGUUAGACGCCAAGAAACGCUCUUGUAAAAGAGGGAGAGGUGUGUAUGGGUGUAUGAGAGAGAGAAUGGGCGCUGCAGAUUGGUGCGUAGCCGCGCCACCUACAAUUAGAUUCAGAUUCGAAACUGACAAUUGGUUGAAAGUUCUUACUUAGUACACUGGAAUUUUUUCUUGCGGUCAACGGUAGAAAAAGAGUCUAUCUAUUUCUUCUUCUCUUCAUUCACUCAUUCAGCGGCGUUAGUCAAUUACCUUCUAGAUAGACCAGUUUCAAUAUAUUAAAAUUGAUACUUGGCUCCGAGGCCUAGGAGAAUAAAACAAAAGAAAUGAAUUAUUCACUGCUUAGCCUCAACGUGACUUCUUUUGUUUUUAUUCCUCUACGGCUUCGAAGCCAAGUAUGAAUUUCGAUGCAUCGAAAUUGCUCUGCUCAUGUGUUUGUUACCAUAGCUUUCGUUCAUUCAUCAGUUUCAUUAAUUCAUUCAUCCACCCAUUCAUUUACAAUAUCUUUUUAAAAGCUGGUGUACUGUAUUCAGUGAUCUUCGGUUUGAAGCAACAAAGCAAAAUAUUUGAAACAAACGGACGUUUUUUAUUUGUUGCAGAGGAGGGUCCGCUGAAGGUUGCCGUGAAAACUAUCAAAGAAAAUGCAGAUCGUUUCGACAUCAAAGAUCUUUUGCAGGAAAUGGAAAUGAUGAAAGAGAUUGGUCAGCAUCCACAUAUUGUCAGCCUGGUGGGCACGUGCACCACACCAGGACCGCUGUACAUCAUUACCGAGUACGUGUCAGGCGGCAAUUUACUUGAUUAUCUCAGGGCCAGUAGGCCAGACGAUGAGACCUACGUCAACGUCACUUCCACGCUCAGCUCCCGUGACCUGCUGAAGAUUGCGCUGGACUGUGCACGGGGAAUGAGUCACAUCGCCAAUAAAAAAUUCGUCCAUCGAGAUCUUGCUGCUAGAAAUAUUCUUCUUACUGAAGAACACGAGGCUAAAGUUGCUGAUUUUGGGUUGGCGCGCGAUAUUUACGGCGAUGGACAAUACGUGAAAACCGGUGGAGGAAGACUGCCUAUCAAAUGGAUGGCUCCAGAAUCUAUUCAGGAUCAAGUGUAUACUACCAUGUCUGAUGUCUGGUCAUUCGGGGUUCUCCUAUGGGAAAUCGUCACCAUCGGGGGCUCUCCAUAUCCAUGUGUCCCGGUAAAUCUUCUCUUAACGAAGCUCCUGUGUGGAUAUCGUAUGUCUAAACCAGCGCACUGUUCCGAAGAGCUUUAUAACUUGAUGAUGUCGUGCUGGGACAUGAAUCCCGAGGCCAGGCCGAACUUUUCCGAACUGUGCCACAUACUUUCAGAGAUGCUGUCGGAAUCGGCGAGGUCCUACGUGAACGUCACUGUAAGUGACGAAAGAUUUCAUGGACAUGUGGAGGAAAGCUCUGGUAAUGCGCAUGAGCAGACAACCUCAGUUUAG